AUGACACAACCAUUGAUUGCACUGGCCGAUGUAGACUAUGUCUUCAAUAGUCCGGAACAAUGUGGUGUCUCCUUCUCGGAUAUGAUUGAAAAGCAUCUCCCCUUGGAAAACUUUGCUAAUGCUCGGGCGCUUUCUGGUCUGGCAGAGCCUGGCUACUCGUCCGUUUACCGGAGCAAGGCCAUCAAAAACCUCAAGAAAAUGAUUGCACCCGGACUCGACACAUACUACGCUAUAUGGAAGAAUGCUGUGAAGAACUUUGGUGACCGCCCAGCUUUGGCCUCCCGCCCAUACAACUACAAAACUGGCGUCUCGGAACCAAGGUAUACCUCCAUUACUUUCAAAGAGGCGGAUCGCAAAGUCCAGGACUUUGGUGCUGGGUUGUUCCAUGUUCUUCAACAUUCGCCAUUCAAGAUCCCCGGAUGCGAGCCCCAUGAGAAAAUCGAAAAUCACUUGAGAGACUACAGGUCGUACACUCCAGAAAACCACUCUUUUAUUGUGACAUUGUACCUGGGGAAUCGUGAAGAGUGGGUGAUUGCAGAUUUGGCAUGCUCGACGUAUGCCAUUUCAAAUACUGUAUUGUAUGACACUUUGGGUGCAAAUACCUCAGAGUACAUUUUACUGACCACACAAUCACCGGUGGUUAUUACGUCGUAUCAGCAUGUUGAGCAGGUUAUUUCAUUAAAGGAAAAUUCUCCAGAGUUGGCUGCUAUAAUCACAAUCAUUUCCAUGGACCCCUUGGACUGUGAAUCGCCGGAGGCAGGGCAGAGUUUAGUCGAAAUGGCUCGUGCAGCCAACAUUGAGCUUUUUGGAAUGGAUCAGGUUAUUGGAAUCGGCAAAUUAUUCCCAAUGGCCCCUUUACCUCCAACACCAGAAUCUCUCUACACCAUCUCCUUUACCUCAGGUACGACUGGUGCUUCGCCCAAAGGUGUGAUCAUGACGCAUUUGAAUGCAGCGCUGGGAAUCUGCUUCGUGUUGUGUAAUGCGCCAUCCUUGCCAUUUGAUGUGGAGAUUGUGUUUUUGCCUCUCGCCCAUAUUUAUGAAAGACAGGGUUUAGCUCACAAUUUGCUGAAGGGUGGUAUGUGUGGUUUCCCGCAGUUGAAUGGCACUCCUUUAACUUUAGUUGAAGACUUGAAAUUAUUGAAGCCGAAGCACAUGUCUAAUGUUCCUCGUGUUUUCACAAAGUUGGAAGCAGCUCUCAAAAAUGCAACUCUCAAGCUGGACCUGGCAGUCAAACGGGCACUUUUCGCCAAAGUUUUUGAUACAAAAAUGAAAUUGCAAUCUGUUGCUGACGGAGCUAAGGGUGAACAUUGGCUUUAUGAUCACACAAUUGUGCCAAAGUUGAGAAAGCUGUUGGGAUUCGACGAAAUGCUUUUCUGUACCACCGGGCUGGCCCCAAUUUCUCCUGAGACAGUCAGGUUCAUGAAAGCUGCACUCAAUAUUGGCUUUUCCCAGGGCUAUGGUUUGACAGAGACGUAUGCUGGUUUCUGUUUCAGCCAACCGUUCGAAAAAGAACCUGGCUCAUGUGGUGCUCCUGGUGUCUGUUGUGACAUCAGAGUUCGGGAGUUGCCCGAGUUAAACUACCAUAUUGAUGAUCCUAGAGGCCCAAGUGGAGAGUUAUUGAUCCGUGGUCACCAAGUUUUCCCUGGCUACUACAAAAACAAGGAGGAAACAGACAAGUGCCUCAAGGAUGGCUGGUUUGCCACUGGUGACGUUGCACGUAUUGACCCGGCGAAUGGACGACUCUUUAUUAUCGAUAGAGUUAAGAACUUCUUUAAGUUGGCCCAGGGCGAAUAUGUGACACCUGAAAAGGUUGAAAACGUGUAUUUGUCUAGCAACCCACUUUUAACCCAAUGUUUUGUUCAUGGUGACUCCUUACGCCAUCAUUUGGUUGCCGUCGUUGGUGUGGAUCCUGCUGGUAUUACUAACUUCUUGGUACAUGAAUGUAAUGUGUCCAAGGCCGAACUUCACCUGGAAGAAGCCAUCUUGCAAACGGUCAAUAAGACAGAGAAUAGAAUUAAGCUUCUUAAGGCUCUCAACUCGAGAGUAAGAGGCUUAACUGGAUUCGAGCUUAUUCACAACUUGUACGUUGAAUUUGAACCGUUGCGGAUAGAACGUGAUGUCAUUACCCCUACGGUCAAGAUUAGAAGACCAAUAGCGGCCAAGUUUUUCGCUGAACAAAUCAAGAGUAUGUAUGAAGAGCCAUCCUUGGUUUCCAAGACGAAAAUGUGA